AUGAUACAGCAACAGGAUGCCCUUCAACAAUCCCGUCAGGACUACCCAAUGCAGCCAACAUCAAUGUUCAACUCAUCAUCAUCCAAAGUCGUUGUCCCAGCACAGAAGAAGAUGUCGCCCGCCUCCACCAUGGCCAAGUCCAACGAACAGGUUGUGCCAUCAGUCAAGCUCAUUGAGGACCCAUUUGCCCGUGCAAAGAUCGACUCCAAGACAUUGGACUUGUACGUGGCCAACAAGGACUCUGUCACCAAGGCAUUGGUUCCAGCAUCUCACCAGAUGGUCGACGCCUCAUUGAACAUGAGAAGAUCAUUCAGAGUGGGCUGGGGUCCCAAUGGACAAUUGGCACUGCCACACAAGACCUCGCUCAAGACAUUGAUCGUCCAAAAGAAGCUGACCAAGUCGUCUGUCUCUAGCAACUCAAUCGUCGAGCAUCUCAAGAGCCAUCUGACCAACUCGAGUGUCUCUUCCAAGGACAACAGGGCAGGUUGGUUCACACUGUCCCAUGUCCAGGAUCAGCUGGCAGCACAGACACACAACAAGGAUAUCAGCGAUGUGUCGGGUCGCAUCUGGAGACUGGUCACUGCGCUCUGGGGAACAGACAUGAAGCCAUCGACCCUGCAAUACAGUGAGGAAAUGAAGAGAAGACUUAAUCUCAACCAAUGGUUGAAGGAGGUGAUCGCACCCAUCGUCGAGAAGGAACUCAAGGACUCAAAGAAAUCGCCCAAUGCCUCCCAUCUCGAUGCCAUCUUUAGUCAUCUCUCUGGCAAGCAGAUCAGCGAGUCGACAUCAUGCGCGUCCAACAACAAAGAUCAUCGUCUGGCCGUCAUGAUGUCACAGGUAUGGGCUGCAGCCCACACCAAGGAUCUGUUGAGGGAGCAAAUGACUCAAUGGAGCGAGCAAGGUAUGCUGGACACUUUUGAGCCAAAGCGUGUGGAGAUCCUCAACUUGAUCUCUGGAGACAUUGACCAUGUCUACAAGAAUGUCAACGAUUGGUACAGAUGUUUCGCCAUCAACUUCUGGUACAAGUACACAUUCAACUCGCCAUUGCCAGACAUCAUCAACUCUUACGAAGACUCGUUCCAGAAGAGCGCCUCUACCGCACCCGUCCCUCACUACAUGGCCAACCAAAGGAGAUCAAUGUCGAGGAAUGAGUACCUGGACACCUGCUACCUGCUCCUCAAGCUCUUUGGUCUAAGCAGAUUCGACCGAUUCGACACAAUCUUCUACCCCGAGAACACCACACCAGACAUCCUCGACUACAGUCUCUCGUGGAACCUGUUCACCGUGCUGCAAGCACUGCCUCAGUUGAAUAAGCAGCCAGACAUCUCCAAUCAACCACUUCUGCAUUGCUCAUUCGCAUCCCAGCUCGAGCACAUUGGACUCUGGCAGUGGGCAGUCUAUGUCCUCUCGCACAUUCCCGACAGACAUUGCUUCCUGAGGGAGGAAGCUAUGAAGUCAUUGAUCUCCAGACACGUGCACACUAUGAAGACCAACGACCGAGUGUUCCUCACCAACAGUCUUCUCAUCCCAGCAGUGUGGAUCGACGAAUGCCUCUCCUGGAGCCUUGGAUACGAACAUCAAUCUGAUCAGUUUGCCUACUUGAUGAAGUCUGGUCAGUACUCAGCGGCGCACGACCUGGUCCUUGAGGACUUUGGACCAAACUACAUCAUAACGUCACAGCACAACAACCUGCGCGAUCUUCUCAGGAGGUUCCAGGGUCACAUCGACACGAUUGCCACAUGGAAGGUUGGUGGUGCAAUCUUCCAAGACUACCUUCACAUCUCAAUGCAGAUCAGAGAGUGUCUGGAAGAGAUCAGUACCAUUUCCAACCAAACAGUUCACCAGAACAACAAGGAAAAGCUAAGAGAGCUUACCAUGCGCGCCACCUCACUCUGUUCAGAAAUCAGCCAUCUGACAACAACCAACUAUGUCAAGAAUGCUUCAAAGCUCUACAAGGUUGCACUGUCCGAGAUCUCACGUGGCUUGAUGGCCUAUUUGAAGAGUGCUUAUGAGUUGCUGUCCGAGUUUGAGGGUCAAACAAACUCAAACAACAACAUGUUCCCAGCUUCAGAGAUCACAUCACUCCUAAAGCCACUGCCAAUCACCGAUGACUAUCGUGUUGGACAACUCGAUUUCGUUGCCAAACAAUGUCAAGACUCUAUUCUAAACGCUGUCUACUCACAAUAA